AUGUCGAGAUACGGCUGGUCCAUCGGCCGCGAACAGAUUUCGCCCUACAGUUCUAUGCCCAGCGGCGUCCCCGCUGUCACCGACGACGAUUUUAGCUACAUCACAUCUCAAGAUCUCGAUGGCGUCACCGAGGAGCGAUACCAUCCCAGAUCUCACUCGACUGCACCCCCACCAGCUCCAGAAGACGAUGUCCUUCUUAUCAAGAAUCGCGGCAUCACAUAUCCUGCUCACUUUCCCGCAUAUGCGAUUGGAGAUGGAAAGUUGCGGGUGAUAGACGUCAAGGACCGGGUUGGUCUGAUGAUGGAACUUCCUGAGCGAGGAACAUCACGCAUCAAGCUCCUCUAUAAAGGAAAGCAACUCAAGGACCCUAUGGCGCCAGUACGAGAUUAUGGUGUCAAGAACAACAGCGAGUUGAUGGCGGUCAUGCCCGAGAUUAAUGAUGUCAGCAGUGGCUCAGAAGAGGAGAUGGUGAUUGUCGAUGCUCCUAGAGAAGACAGGAAGACUCGCCGCCGCAAGAAGAAGCGUGACAAGAAGAAGGGUAUCACCAGUGAUGGCGACUCCUUGUCAGGCAGCCCCCGAGACAGCACUUCUACUUUUGACCACCCCAGAUCACCCCCAGCACCACCCACAUCGUCGGGCGCAACCAGCGGACCUAUGAAGGUUCUCGAUGAUCUUGCCGUGGAGUACCAAAUUAAGUGGCUGCCUUUGUGCUCCGAUUACAUUGAAUCGCCACCUUCAGACCCCAAGAAGCGAGAGGAAGAGCACCGAAGACUUUCUGAGAGCAUCAUGAUGCACAUUAUGUUGAAACUGGACGGCGUUGAGGCUGAGGGAAUGCCUGAAGUCAGAGCGCGAAGGAAGGAAUUGGUGAGACAGGUCCAAAAGACGUUGAAGGACCUCGAUGUUGCAAAGGAAUCUCCAGCCCGCGGUUAA